CUGGAACGGCACUACACUACACUAACACUGCACUGUAGUCUUUGCACUCGAACCACACGGCACGUGGAACAAGUGCAGGCGACGUGGCCCGGGGAGCGGACGUGCGUACACAAUCCGCUGAACUCGGAGAGUGGACGUGCUAGGCACAAUCCACUGACUCGGAGAGUGGACGUGCUAGGCAACAGUCCACUGACACGGGGAGCGGACGCAGCUCAGGGAGCGCGGUCCGCUGCAGGACAACGUCCGAACGCUGAGAGCGCUCGGACGGUACUGAGACGAGGGGGUCGCCGCGUCGCUGUACAGCGUGAUGCGGCGAAAGGGACCGAGGUGGUCCGAGACAGUGAGUCGCUUUAA